UGAGUUGAAUUUUCAUGCUGGUCUAACAACUAGAAAGGAAACAGUAACAAACAACCACAUGGAUAAACAAGUAGAAAAACAAGUGAGCAAAGGAUGAAAGGUAAACAGAGGAAUAAUGAAUAGGCAAAUAAAAUGAUGUCUAGGUGGAAGAAUGAAUGAGUAAGUAAAGAAGUGAAUGAAUGGGUGAAUGAAUAAAAGGAAAAACAUUUUGCCAGAUGACUGCUAUAUAUCUUGGCACUGAAAGUGGAUAAAUACAUCCAUCAUCUUAACCCUUUACACCCUAAUGUCAUUAUACAUAUUCUCCAUACUGUUCUUUAUACAUUUCCUAAGGUGCAGACAAGGAAAAUUUGUUUAUUGAUCAAAAGCUUCUUUAGUUGGUGAUCAUUUCCUUUAUUCAGGAGUGAUGUAGUAAGGAGAUUUUAGAUGCUAGUCACUCCUCAGGGCUCAAGGGUUAAGCCACUAAAUCCUUCAGAUACUAACAUCAUAACUAGUUUCUCCAUAACUUACUCGCUUAAAUCUCGCUGUUCUCCCUUGUGAAUUGUUGUUUGCCACUGGGACACAAGACAGUCAUUGUUUCCUUGCUCAACUUUUCUUUUGAUGAGCUUCUCGAUCGUCUCUGUGCUUAUGGAUCCAUUUAUGUGGGCAUGAAGUUCCUAGAAGGCAGUUACAUUAAGAUAUGAUGAAUUUUUCAACGUGGGAAGGGAAAUAAACUACUCUAGUGAGCAUGAAUUCAAUCCAUUUCCAUCAUGGCCAAUUCAUAGCAAGGAAGAACUAUGCAUUGUUGCAGACAACAAGUCUCAAAGUCCCCAGAUGUCUCCCUUAAGAAGAUAAAAUGUACUAUAUCAAAUAAAUAAGUAAAAAAUGUGAAAAACAGUUAAGGCAUCUGCACACAGCCUUCUCUUACAGCACUCUUUUUCACUCACUGACAUUUUGUAAGCAAUGAUCAUGAGCCGCAGACCAGUCAAAACUGUAAAGAUUAGAGUUAGGGUUCUCCAUCGUAGAGAUCAAAAUAACCAAAAAAGCCUCUACCAGCCUUAAGUGGUGUAAAUAAUAUAUUUAUAAUCUCAAUAUUUCCUGACUUUUUAAAUCAGCUAUUCGAACUCUAUUUUCCCUUAGUCGACAAAAAAUUCACGUGGUAUUUGCCCUGCCGGUUCCUACCCAAAAGAUAUUUUUCCCCAACCAUUUCAUGACCUGUGGAGACCAUGGAAAGAUCGUUUCCAAAUACUUACAAUUUUCGGUAUUUUCUUGAAAAAAUUGAAAGGUAUUUUCUCUUCUGCGGCAUCGGCAGUUUUCCCUGUACCGUCAGCCAUGUUGGACGAAAUCGAUUUGCUACUGUUUGUUGUGAUUGGCCAGUCUUAUCAUUGACAAGUUAGAGACUUUCCCGCCAUAAUCUGAAUUUCGCGCUGCAGUACUAAACGAUUAGGUUCAUUCAGUCGUGUGCUCACGUUUUCUUUAAAUUUUUUUAUAUUAUCAAGGCAAAAAUGGGAAAUGAAUCAUCAGCACCGGUUACUUAUGGAACAAGGCUUCUAAAUGAUAUAAAAGUUGAAUGGAAGAAAGUAGAAAUGGACGCAAAGUUGCCAUCUCGUGACGGACAUUGCGCGGCCGCCAUUGCAGAUAAACUUUACGUAUUUGGUGGAGUUCGUUGGCUUUCUGAUCUUGAGGAAGUUACAGAAUCCAACGAAAUUCUGGUUUUCGAUGUUGGUAAGUGCUAGGGACAAUAAGAUGUAUUAUUGCGUUCGGGAUUUUAAUCUUCGACUAAUUUAAUGAACGUUCGUCAUCGGCGAGCCUUGCCUAAUUAGCGAUCGCUUUGAAACUGGAUAAAGCCUUUUUUAAGGAUCUGAAUAAUUGUCAUCAGAUCGAUUAUUGUCUGGCUAUCACGACGGGCAAACAUUGCCUUUCCCACCCGAAACUUGGUGCAUACUUGUCGAGAAGUACCUUGGACGAUGACUUGUUCUCGAGCUUUUGAAGAAUUUCGGAAGAAGACUACCUUCGACUAUGUCACGCUAUGUGAACAUUUUUUUGUAGUUUUAAAAUCAUUAAACAACGCAAAUCGAUAUCUCAAUAUAAUAUGUGAAGUAAAAGGAAUCUGGGACCAAACAAAGUGAAGCUAACAAAAUAUUUAGAUGUAAUUCAUUACUUUUUUCCUGUAUCUAAAUUGGUCAGUUUUGUGUACUUUACCUCGAUUAUAGUAGUUACUCUGUCAUCACCAAACCAUAGCCUCUCUGUAAUUUUCGAAAGCUUCUCAGACAUUGAACAAGAUUAUCACAGGAGGUGACGUUCCAUCGGCCAGAUCCUCCGCAACUAUGGCUGCAGUGGGAAUGAAACUGUAUGUUUUUGGUGGACUGAGUAGAGAUUGUGGAUGGCUGAAUGAUCUACACGCUUUUGAUACUGGUAUGUGUAAUUUAAAAUCAAUUCACUCAGUGAUUGUUGCAGAUGAGAAGUGAAAUAUAAAGUCCAUAACACUGGCAAUGGUAAAAUACUCCUAUUUACAGACACUCCUAUAAGACAGAUAUUUCCUGAGUGGUAAAAUAAAUACCUGUGGUUCUAAUUUUUUUUCUGAUAAUUUAAUUCUUUUCGAGUCAGCCACUUGAUUUCUAGGAUAGUGACUAAAUAGCUUCUCUACUGUCUUUGCAGAUAAGGGAUGAAUUAUAUUCAACUGCAUCAACACAAUGAAUUCAGACUUGAGCUGUGUUUUGAUUAAAACAGUGAUAUAUACCAAAUUUUGAUAAAUCCUUAAAUAAAAUGUAUUAUUGAUUGCCAAUUAAAUGAGGUUUUGCAAAAGCCAUUGAAGGGGAACUUUGAUUUUUUUAGUUUUUGUUUUGGACAUUUUUUACCAUAGUUGUACAGUUUUUCUUUUUUUUUGCAUGGUCUUUAAUUUGUCAUUUUUGUUAUCCAUUUUGGUUUUAGGCUCUCUUCUUUAUGUUACAUUUAAUUUCAAUUUUUUUUUUGACCAACAGACGUGUCUUCUUCCAGGGUCUCAUGCUUUGCUAUUUUUUAUGGUUUAAGCACUUUUUUUCCAAUUUUUUUUUUGCAUCAGUAGGAAAUUGAGUUGGUUUUCUGGUUUUUGGUAAGGAUGUUAAGACCUUAUCAAAUAUGUUUUUUCAUUAUAGAAAACUUUCAAAGCCAUUUAAAGUCACAAAGUUUAAUGCUACUCGCUUGUUAUUUCUGUACUGUUUCAGAAACAAAGCAGUGGCAAAAUAUCACAUGCAAAGGCGUCCCUCCAUCUCCACGUGAUAAGCUAUCUUGUGUUGCUAUGGGAACCAAGAUUAUCUUCUUUGGCGGAUUUGGUCCAUUGGAGAAUUUGGAGACAGAAAAAUCUGAGCAGGAAGAAGCAGAGUUUGGUUGGUUCAACGAUCUCUUCAGUUUUGAUACAGGUAGGGACUUUAGAAAUCAAAUUGUUGGCAUUGAUUGCUUGAAUUUAGAGAACACCUUAAUCUUAACUCUGCAACUUUGAAAGGAUAAUUUGGUUUCAUCUACUGAGUUGAUAAUGUAAAUUGGCCCUCAUAAAGUCAUUUCAAAGCUGUUUUUUUUAGUGUUAGCCCUUUGUCAGAGCAAAUGAUGAAGGGCUAACACUAGAAAUGUUAGCUUUGAAAUUCUUUAUGGUGGCCAAUUUACAUUAUCAACUUAUUGGAUAAAACCAAAUUAUCUUAUUAUACUCCUCACCAAUGCAGCAGCACAGUUUCUCUGAAAAAUUACCUUUCAAAAGGAGCCAUGUCACAAGAUUUGGAGUUAUCUAGUGUUAUUUUACAAUUGAUUCAUAUAUCAGCAUAUGUUCAUUGUGAUAGGAAGAACUCAGGAACUUUGAGUAGGGCGAUUUGUAGUGUUGAUUGAAGUCCAGCUUCUUUUGGGCUUUGUAAACUUCCCAUUUGCUGUGAUUUUUGCAUGAUUUAUUUUAAUCAGUGUUAAUCAUGCUCAACACAAGUUGCCAAGUUUUCUUUGCAGUCUGAAAGUAAUCAAAACUGACCUUAAGUAAUCAAAACUGAUCUUAUAAAUAACUAAAUAACUGAUCUUAUAAAUAACUAAAAGUCUGUGUGGAAGAAGUGACCAUGAGUCUUAAACAGGGGAAAUCUAUGCAAAGAAUCAUGGGAAAGGUUUGAGAUGAUUAUACAAUUCAAUAACCUGUUAUCUGCUGUUGAUUCUCCAGAGAACUGUACAUGGGAAAAGCUCACUCCUUCAUUUACUGGAUCUCCAACACCCAGAGCAGCUCAUGGAAUGUGUGCUGUUGGAUCAAGACUUGUCAUCUUUGGAGGCAGAGACAGUGUUGGUAGAAAGAAUGACAUCUAUGUUUUGGAUACAGGUGAUUUAAUUCAUAAUAUUCAUACACUUUUCUCUCCAGCAUCCUUUCACUUCUUGUCAUUAGAUCAUACCCUCACCCCCUCAUCUGCCCCCAAUUUAGCCUGUUAUUGGGAAAAAAAGGGGGAAAUGUGGGCACUCAAAAAACUUGGGAGUAAAGAAAGGUGAAAGAGGCUACAUGGGGCCAAGAAAUUGAUUCAAAUGCAAGUGUCGGUGUUAACCAUGAAAGUUAACCAGUUGUAAGGUCCAUGUCAGCUGGUAUACUGGAAGGAGGUUUUUAAAAAAAUUCUCACAGGCACUUAUUCUGCAACUGUUUCUUCAAUGAUUGCUACUGCUGUGUGUCUUCUUGCUUAGAACUUGACUAUGCCCUUACUUUUUCACCCUUCUCCUUUGAGAAGAAGAAGAGGGGCAAGAGAGAGGGCCUGGAAAGGGUUAUUAUUUUGGACUCACUUUUUUAUCUUUUUUGAUACACUAUAAGAAGCUUUAUAAUGUUAAGUCAAAAGCAGUUGAAUAGAUAGUACUAUGAUUAACUCUUAGACACAAUGGAAUGGAUCUCAAAGCCAACCUCAGGACGACAGCCAGAGCCUCGUUCAUUCCAUACAUGCACCGCUGUAGGUAACAGAGUGGUAGUUUUUGGUGGAAGAAGUUUGGAGAAUGCACAUUUUGAUGAUCUGCACAUCUUUGACACAGGUAAAUUAUGAAGCAGUGACAGUCUUUUUUUUGUGGGCCCAGAUAUAAAAUCUUGGGAUCUAAACUUGGCCAGUCCUGUCAUACUCUGCUCAGUGUAUGCGAAUAUCACAUAAGAUAAACUGAUUUGCCCAAGAGGUUCUUCUGUCUACCUCUCCAUGUAACUAGCUGCAGAAAUAAUGACUCGGUGUGCAUUAUUUGAGCAAAUUCUUUAAAAUUGAUCAUCAGUUGUCAAGGCAAAUACAGAAUGAGUUUGUUACAGUCCACAAAGUUAUACCAGCCAAGAACUACAUUGAACUAAAAUCCAGGAAAAUUAUUUUGCACAUUUUUGUUUAUCAUCUGGAGCAUAUGUGAAAUGUGUGAAAUAAGAUCCACCAAGGAAAUACUAAAUUUGAAGGCAAGCUGGUAAGACAAUUCUUUUUCAAGCUCCUUCUCUGCACUUGCUUUACACUAAAAAAAAAACCUCUGGACUGGGGCUAGUACAUAUUACCCUCUUAUUUCCUGAUUAUAAGAAUGAUCACAGCUUUUACCUCUCUCAAUUGGUAGACACAAAUGAGUGGCUGCAGCCAUCAACAUCUGGUAGCAUCCCUCAUGGCAGGGGGGUACACACAGCCACGCUGGUGGGAGACCAGUUGGUACUUUAUGGAGGUUCAUCUGAUUUUGAUGGAGAAACAAUGCAGUGUCAGGAGUAUCACGGGGAUGUAUAUCUUAUUGCAAAAGGUAUAGUUUGUGAUACAUUCCAUCCAAUGAUAAAUAAAAUAAUUGUUAAUUGUUAGUGUUCCCCCAAAAGAGCACAUUCUCAUUUGAAGUUCCCCCUUUUCCAAGCUUUAAUAAAGGAAAUAUAUUGCAUAUUGUGAUGGACAGGUGUAAAAUUUUUCUUACUUAGAGCUUAGCUUUUCCAGUCUUAAUUGCCUUGGCAUGAUCACCCAUCUCCAUUUUUUGUUUUAUCCAACUUUAUUUUUGUAGAACAAUUCUUGUCAGGGAUGUCCCAAGGUCCAGACCCUAAUGAUGUCCCUCCUGUUCAAGCUCAAGCCCCCUUAAUGACUGGUGGAUUUGCUAAUUUUCAAGAAUGUCAAACAAUUGAGGAGGAAGACAGCAGUGAAUAUGAAGACUCGUCAGAUGAGCAAUAGAGAAACAAAGUUACUCCUCUUACUUUAAGAAGAGAGGCUGCAUUCAAGGGAAUUAACUUAUGUACAUGAGCAGUAGCUGGUAAUGAAAUGCUUUUGUUUUAAUCACCUGUACGACAAAUUUUUCACAAAAACUGUUUUGAAUUUUUUUUUAAAGAUUAUCCAAUGGUUGCUUUGUAGAUGAUAAAGCCACCAUCAAUGACACUUGUACAAUAUUGCAUAA